CCCUCCCCCGCCCCCAGACGCCCACCCUUAGGUUCCUUUUCCUGCAAGAUCGCAGAGGUGGCGCGCAGCCCGCCGAGCCCAUGACGGACCCUUGCCUCCUGCCUUCAAUGCAUCAGCAGCAGACCCCCAAAGGCUGGAGUGAGGAGGGCUGCGUCUGGACAUCCUCCCGGCGACGCUGCUCGGACCUGGUGCUCCUGGUGGAUGAGACUGGCGACUGAGCAAGCCUCUGCCACCGCCUUCGCUGUCGCCCGACCAGUUGCUGCCGUCGGUCGGGACCGGUACCCGCCUUGCGCCUUCUGCCGCCGGGUCCAGAUCGGGUCCCGGCAUUGGGCGCCCCGGGGCUCGCCCCGCGCCUGCAGCCGCCCGCGCGCCGACUGCCCGCCGCGUCCUCCUGACAGCUGCGGCGGCGGCGAUGAUGCAGAGGAGGAGGGUGCUGCCGGCGGCAGUGCUCAUGGUGGCGGUCGGCGCCCGGGUGUGAUGAGAGCGUCAUGGUGGAGAUGCUGGCUUCGCGGCGGUGAGAGAGCAAAGGAGGGCGAGAGCCAGCCAAGGGCGGAAGAUAGAACAGUUCAGAUCGCGAUCGCUUUCUUUCCUCUCUCGCUUCCCCUGCACUGUAUUUUGCCCGUGGUUUGCAUAUUUAAAAUCUCUGGACUCCAUCCUCUCCCUACCAACGAAGUCUCCCCGUUUCUAAAUGGAAUUAGUGGAGAUCGGAGCCUCUGGUGUAACGCACAGACAUGAUCUAUGGACGCAGUUUGUUUCACAUUAUAGCAAGUUUAAUCAUCCUCCAUUCUUCUGGAGCAACCAAGAAAGGAACAGAAAAACAAAUCACUUCAGAAACACAGAAAUCAGUGCAGUGUGGAACUUGGACAAAACAUGCAGACGGAGGUGUCUUUACCUCUCCCAAUUAUCCCAGCAAGUACCCCCCUGACCGGGAGUGUGUCUACAUCAUAGAAGCUGCCCCAAGGCAGUGCAUUGAACUCUAUUUUGAUGAAAAAUACUCAAUUGAACCAUCUUGGGAAUGCAAAUUUGAUCAUAUUGAAGUUCGAGAUGGACCUUUUGGCUUUUCUCCAAUAAUUGGAAGGUUCUGUGGACAACAGAAUCCACCUGUAAUAAAAUCUAGUGGAAGAUUUCUGUGGAUUAAAUUUUUUGCUGAUGGCGAACUGGAGUCUAUGGGAUUUUCAGCUCGAUAUAAUUUCACACCUGAUCCCGACUUUAAGGACCUUGGAGUAUUGAAACCAUUGCCAGUGUGUGAGUUUGAGAUGGGCGGUCCUGAAGGAAUUGUGGAGUCGAUACAGAUUCUGAAGGAAGGCAAAGCUUCUGCCAGUGAAGCCGUGGAUUGCAAGUGGUACAUCCGAGCCCCGCCACGAUCCAAGAUUUACUUACGUUUCUUGGACUAUGAGAUGCAGAAUUCAAAUGAGUGCAAAAGGAACUUCGUGGCCGUGUAUGACGGAAGCAGCUCUGUGGAGGACUUGAAGGCCAAGUUCUGCAGCACCGUGGCUAACGACGUGAUGCUGCGCACAGGUCUGGGGGUGAUCCGCAUGUGGGCGGACGAGGGCAGCCGCAACAGCAGGUUUCAGAUGCUCUUCACCUCCUUUCAAGAACCUCCUUGUGAAGGCAACACAUUCUUCUGCCACAGUAACAUGUGUAUCAACAACACGCUUGUCUGCAAUGGGCUCCAGAACUGUGUGUAUCCCUGGGAUGAAAACCACUGUAAAGAAAAGAGGAAAACCAGCCUGCUGGAUCAGCUGACCAACACCAGUGGGACAGUCAUUGGCGUGACUUCCUGCAUUGUGAUCAUCCUUAUUAUCGUUUCUGUCAUUGUACAGAUCAAACAGCCUCGUAAAAAAUACGUCCAAAGGAAGUCAGACUUUGACCAGACCGUUUUCCAGGAGGUGUUUGAACCUCCUCAUUAUGAGUUAUGUACGCUCAGAGGAACUGGAGCCACGGCUGACUUUGCAGAUGACUUUGAGAAUUACCAUAAACUGCGGAGAUCAUCUUCCAAAUGCAUCCAUGACCAUCACUGUGGAUCCCAACUGUCCAGCGCAAAAGGCAGCCGCAGUAACCUCAGCACAAGGGACGCUUCCAUCUUGGCAGAGAUACCCACCCAGCCAGUUAAGCCCCUCAUCCCACCCGUGAACAGAAGGAACAUACUGGUCAUGAAACACAACUACUCGCAAGAUGCGGCAGACGCCUGUGACAUCGAUGAGAUUGAGGAGGUGCCCACCACAAGCCACAGGCUAUCCAGACAUGAGAAAUCCGUCCAGCGGUUCUGCCUCAUUGGGUCUCUAAGCAAACAUGAAUCUGAAUACAACACAACUAGGGUCUAAAACGCAAACUCAAGCUAAUCUCCUCCAAACUCUUCGAGCCUAUCAACUGUUCUUGAAUUAGGAGAACGCAUCCCAUGCUCAGUAUGACCUUAAUAAGCUGGUGUGUUUGUUGCAUCUUUUCCUUGGGGAAAAAAAUGUUUUAACUGUGCUUUAUUUCCAGAGAAUCAUUUAUACAAACAUGGGGACAGUGAAAAGAGAGUUCUGUAGUGCAUUGUGAAAAGUGGACAUAUUUCUAAAUUCAUUCCACUGCCUUUACCCAAACUUAAGAGUUACAGAUCUGUGUUGUUCCUUCGGCAAGACACCCCUGCUGCUGCACAACGCUGUGUCCAUUUCCUGAUUUGGUUGCUGGUCACCAAGUGCUCCUUAGAUUUUAAAUACAUUCUAAGAUUUAUGGAAACUUGAAGAAGAAAUUAGUUCCUGAUUAUGACUACCCCAGCUUUACUUUAAUUAUCACUUUCACUUUUAUUUGUAUGUUGUUUAAGUCAUUGUUACAUGAUUGUACCUGUGUGAUCUGUGAGAAAAGCCACAACUCUGGGUGAACCUUGUGUUACAUGUGCACUGUUUUCAUUAUAUAGACUGCUUGAGACUAGUGCAUUCCUGCGUGAUUUUGAACAUACUGCAAUGGAAAAUGCAAAGGUGGAUCAUGGAAACACCAGCUAGAGGUCCAGUGGACUGUACACACCUGUUGUUACAUCAUAAUUCAAUGCAGUAAAACAAUGAGUAAAAUCCAGAUUGCAAUAAGACAAAUCUCUCCCCUCUCUCACUCUGUCUUUCUCUGUCUUCCCCUUAUCAUUUCUAUGUACCUCUGGUUUCCUUUUUGCUUUUAUCAAUGGGAGAUACCAAGUUUCAUAAAUGCUUUUUUGAAAUAAGGUAUUUUACUAGUCACACCGUACAAAAGAAUUUUGUUUGAUUAAGCACUUAGCAAUAUGACUGAAUUGACAGUUUGAGAAAAUACCCUGCAUGUCAGUACUGGAUAUUUAGGUUGGAAAAAAAUACCCUCUUUAUUAGACACAUUGUACAAAGCAUGCAUUCUCAAAUAUUGCUGUUACUCUUCCAUUUCUUUGUGUCAUAUGCUUGCUACUUGUAACUUUUAUAUAAAUAUAUAUAUAUAAAAUGUAUAAUAAUUUUCUAAUUUGAGUUAAGAGAAAUGCUUUAUUCUGUUGUGAUAAAAAGCAGAGUUAUAUGAGUACAUGUUUUAUUAAUAUCAACUCUUCCCACACUCUAGAUUACAAGAUAUAAGUUAAUAUUGAGGCUUCCCUAGAUAUUUGAUUUCUAACAUCUUAUGAAUAGGUUUUCCUUUUAUAUUAAGAGUCUUUCUAAGUCAAUCCUUCAAAAUUAUAGAGUGUUUUAUGACUACACUAUGCCAUUCUUACUUAUCCAUACACACAUGGGCCUAUAUGCUUAAUGGUUACAAUAAGUUUCAUAAAGAAAAGCUAAAACUCAUAGUAUACCUAAGUUCUGUUGAAUUCUAUGACCCCCAUAAACAGUGAAUGGAUACCUUUUCAAAUAAAGGAUUCAUAGUCUUUGAAAAUGAAUUGUGAAAACUACAAUUAUAAUAAAUCUGCUUACUCUCUUCAAAACAACCAGCUUCUCAAGAAUAAAAUAAUUGGAACCUUCAAAUAGCAAAGAAAUCUGGUUGUCUACAAAUGCUGCCAGCAUCUGGAGCAAGCUUUAUGGUCUAAGUGGAUAUUCCUUGUCAUAAGCCCCUAUUAGGAGGCUAAUUCCUUAUGUGUUAGAAGAUAAACAAAAGAAAAUAUCAAGUAAAUGGAGAUAAAGUAAAUGGUUCUAGAAAAACUAAAGAAAUACAGAAAUUCUUGAAUAUUGGAAACGUGAUCAACUUGCCUUGUAGAGUACUUGCCGCACAAGGAUAUAUGUGCCAGGUGGGUUUGGUGGUCUAUGUGUAAUCCUGGCUCUCUGAAGACAGAGAAGGGCAUUCCCGGGGCACACAAUCUAACUCAGUGGUUCUCUGCUUGUGCAUCACAAUGCCUUUGAGGGUCGAACAAACUUUUCACAAGGGUUGCCUAAUAUCGUUGGAAAACACAAAUGUUUACAUCACAAUUCAUAACAGUAGCAAAAUCACAGUUAUGAAGUAGCAGCAAAAAUAAUCUUAUGGUUGGGGGAGGGUCAACACAAAUUGAACAAUUGUAUUAAAAGGUCACCAAGCUAGGAAGGUUGAGAAACACUUGUCCAAUUAACCAGCUGAAUGGGAGAGCUCACCAAGUGACCCCUUCUUAGUAAAUGCUGUAAAGACUGAGUGAGCAUGAUACUAUCAACUUCUAGCCUCCACACACAAGUGGGCAUGCACACACACACGCAUGCACUCAUGUGCACACACACACACAAGCAUCGCGUGAAGAUACAUGUACAUAAAAUAAAAUAAUAUUAAAAAAAUAAUUUCUUUGAAGUAAGUUGACAAAUUGAAGUAAGUUGACAACAAGAAACUGCACCAAAAUAACAAAUCCUAUCUUUCUUUAACAGGAUGCAUACUUUAUCCCUAUCACUUGUGAUAAAAUUCACAUUUUCAUGCUUGACUAGUCAAUUUAUUUGUUACCAUAUGUAACUUUAUGUUCAUUAAUUCAAAUUUGGCCUCCAAGAUUAUCAUUUAAAUUAGUUACCUUGUUUUUUAUUGUCUAAGCUCUAUAGAAAUUCCUAGUGGACAAUAAUAUUUUUGAAUGAAUAAUAUCACACUUGGUAUCUAUGACAUGAUGUUUCAUUACACAAUGAAGACAAGAAGAUAAAUGGAUAAAUCAACAUUUGCCUGUUGAGUAAAUUUACAGAUUUUCCGGUUCUUUAAAGAUCUACAAAAUGUUACUGGUCUGCUUAUUCUAUGCUUAAAUGCAUUUAAUACCUCAAAUCCACUGAACAACAGACACCAUUUUAGAUAUCAAACUGAAUUAAGCAUGAUAACAAGAAUGGGUGACUAGCAUAUCUUUGAUAUAUAAUUUCUUUAUGGGAAAAUAAUUUCUCUUGGAGGAUGGGCUUCCCCUUGGAUGCUGAUCACAUGAUCUACAGGCAUUGGUUGUUCAUGGGACGAGAUGCUGACAUCACUGUCCAGAGUCCUAGAGGCCUGUGAUUGUCCUUAGGAGAAAUGCUAAGUCCUAAAUCUUGAAGUGCAAGAAUCAAAAAUAAAUAAAUAAAAGAAAGAAAAGAAAAGCUACAAGCUAAAUUUUUGAGCUCCCUACAUGUGCCUUCAGAGAAUCCAAUCCAAUUUUGAAAUUUGUCAAUAUAUUAAAAUUACCUAUUAAAUAACUACAUUAAACUUUACCACUUGAAUAUCAACCUUUGGACAACCUUCAAAAAUGGGGGACUUACAACAAAAGGAAGGAGUGGUUUAAAACUAUCAAGCUUAGCAGUUAGCAAUAUUUUAUUCUCAAAGCUAAUUCAAAUAAACUAGCAGCAUAAGAGUUACAUUGAUUCAAUGAGAUGUUUUCAAAUACAUCACUAUGUGAGUUUGGAGAAACUGCUGGUUUUGAUUCAAGUGUUCGUAUUCACCUUUCAGAGUCUUGGUGGUCUUUUAUUUUUACACAGACUACCCAGGAAGACCUGAGUUAAGCCUUUCUCUUCUCUUCAAGUGCAGCGGAAUUGCUUAACACAAGGUUAACAUUCUGACUUUGAAUCUGAAUUUUUCUGCACCUGUUUUUAUACACGUUUAGAUUUUAUGCAUCAUUUCACAAAAUAGACAUGAUAUUUGAUUUUUCUCAGCUUAUUUUAGUCAGAUAAUUAAAAUGUGCAGAAAACAUAAUCGGAGAUGAAUGUCACUAGGCCUUUAAAUAAAAAUCAACACCAUCCUGGAGAUGCUGAAUCUUUCAUUAAUUUUUGUUCUAUUAAAACAUUUUCAGAGCAUUAAAUGAUUAAAAAUUCUUCUUAUAAAUAUUUUAAGUUUGGCCUUCAACAUCAUUUGAACAUCUCUUAAGUUUUAUGUUAGCUUCUAUGUUUCCCCACAGGAAGUCAAAAUUUCCUCAUGUUACAAAUUUUAUUCCUUUUAUAUUUAAAUCAAGAAUGGAUUUUCCUGAACUCAUAUAUUGAAAUAAAGUCAAAUAUAUGAUUCUGAGUCUACAUCACCUUUGUCAAGCAACAGCAAACAAUGCAACGGUGUUUGAUAAUGGAGUAAUUGAUACCAUUUAGUUUGAAUAAUAGCAGUUCCCAAAACUGGAGGGGAGUUAAACAAAAGAAUUAUUUAAAAUUGAUCUGUAUCCUAAAUGAAUAUGAUGUGGAUAGUGAAUUUCUUUCCUGUCUAAUUUGAGCAGAAUGGUGAGUGGCUAUGUGUAUUUUCCUCAAUUAAACAAUUUCUAUUUAUCACAGCAUGAUGAAAAAAUGCAGCCAAGAAUUUGUUAGAUAGGUAAAAAAUAAAAUUAAUGGAACUUAUUACUAGUUCCUUAUCUAUUUAACUUUUCUUAUACUCCCUUUAAGGAUUGGAGAGCUACAUGGCAAAAAUAAAGGGAUGUGAUUUUUAUCAUUAAUCCAGAUCAAUAAGUCCAACACAACUUUUAAUUAAGAAUUACAGCUAUUCAUUUUUUAAUGAAUUCAGAUUUUACUAAAGUUCUUUUAAUUAAAUUAUAUUAUUUGAGUAAAUCCAGCAGUGUAACAAAGGCAAGAAAAAAUAAUGCCAAGCACAUAAUUCACUAUUUUCCUUGUGACACCGGCUUAUAUGCAUUCUGGUAUUUUCUUAAAGAGAAAAAAUGUUCUUCUAACAUACCUCCAUUUCCUUAUGUUAGAAAACAAGUAAAUAAAGGCAACCAUCAUCAUGUUUCUGUCAUUUUCUUGGAGGAUUUAGGAAAGUUCCUUGUUCUGGUCAACCAUCAUGUUCACAUCGUCACUUUUCUAUUCAUUGGCCACAUGUUCACACAAUCUUCACUUUUUGUACCCUUUAUCUUUUUUCUCUUUAACCAGUGAGCCAUGAUACUUUCCAAAACUGUUUGGCGGUAUCUUCUAAUACAGAGAGUCACUUGAAGACUAAAUUAAAAUUAAAACUGAUGAGCAAGUAUGAUGUGUAAGUCAUUAAAAAUAAACACAUUCCUUUUAUAUCACAUUAUUAACCUUGGACUCUAUUCACUCUGUUUCCCUUGAGGUUAACUUUACAUCAGCAUUCCUAGGUUUUCUUGUCUGUGCUAUCUAUGCUACAAAACCUCUACUUCAGUACAUUGGGGAUGAAGAUAAUGGUGGAGCUUGGUGGAGGAGUGGCUCUUAGAACUGCAGAAGAAAACUAUUCACAUUGUUUUUCACCAUGUGGCCCAUCUUGCACCACUAGUUAGAUUUUCCUGAGUCUGAAUCCUCUGUACAACAAAAAAACAUAGUUGACUGUAAAGCAAAUAGAGUAUAAUCGAUAAUGGAGAAGUAAGAAGUUGAUUAGAAUAGCAGCAUUUCCUUAGGAACAUCAUAGGAACUCUGUGAAGUGUAGGCUUCCUAAGCAGACAGAGAAGGGGACCAUUACCAACAGAUGCAGAGAAACAUUUCUGUUUAGAGUGAUUAGGUAAAAUACAGACUGGAAGACGUCCUACUUGAGUUGGAUGGUAAGCAACAAAGGAUUACAGAAAAUAUAGUUCAAAGAAUAGAUGGGGUUGAUAUGGUUUCUGAGUAUAGUAGGUGCUGACCAAAGAGUUUAUCUUUUGUUCAAAGGUGAUAAUCUUAGUACAUUUUUGGGAAAGUAUGAAGGGCAACUUCUCUGAAGUUAGUAUUUUCUAAGUGGAAUGUAAGAUGGCUAAUAGUAAGUUCAAUUAAAACAAGGGAGAAAUAAGACAUUAAAAGUAACAGAUUGCCAGAAGGGCAGGGGUAUGUCUCGCCACCAUACUUAUUUUCUACAAUAUAUUAUUUCCAUGGUUAUGAUUAGUGAGAAAUCACGAACACAUGACAAAUCCACUUCUGAGUGAGUGAUUCUGGUGGGAUCUUUUCAUGGUUGUAUGGAAACAUGGUUCAGGGUGGGAAACCACUGCAAAUAGCGCACACUGUUAGCCACUGAACUGUCAAGGAAACUGGAGUGUUUUUGCGACUUUUGUAAGAUUGUGUGAGACUUAUGAGUUAUCAAAUUGACUAACUGCUGAGGUGUUUUCACCAAUGUGCAAAUAAAACUCUGUUAAUUGGUGUACUCAUCAAGAGAAAUUGGAGCAUAUUCAUAUUACCCCACAAUUUUGUGUUUACUCAUCUGUAAAAUGUGGAUUAUAAAAGGCUUCUUUUCACAUGAAAGUGUGUGAAGACCAAACGAUCAUGCACUGGAAAAUAUUUUUUUAUAUUCUAUGACGCAUUGUAAAAAUAAACCAUUUUUCCUAAAUUCUGUGUAAAUUUCAUUGUGUAAUUGACACAGUGUCAGCACAUCUAUAAAGAAUAGCCAUGAAAAGACACUAGCAUCUCUUAUCUAGAUAAAACAUGUGACUUACAAUAGCCAUUGAC